UGUCUGAAAAUAUUUAUAAUAUGGACUCCAUCCAAACUUCAUACGGCAAGUGCCGAUGCUGUUUGAAGGCGGGUGAACAUUGCGACGUACUAAAAGAAUAUCACUGUGAUGGAACUCGCGAAGUCUAUUUCGAUAUAUUCUUGGAGUGUUUCAAUGUUUUUCUUUCAACAUCAGAUAAGAUCAGUAACCUGAUUUGUAUGGAUUGUAUCCAGAAGUUGCGGGAUGCUAAUGACUUCCGAAAAAUGGUGAUAAAUGCAGAGGAAAAGCUACAGUCUGUGAAAGAUCCUCCAGACUUUCAGGUGAAACAAGAAGGGAGUUUAGAAGUUAAACUGGAACCCAAUGAUGAUGAUGACAUUCAUGACUACAUGGACACGGAGAACAAGGAUUUAGGUUCUGAAAAAGACGAUACGCUCGCACGCGACGAGGCUCGCCUAUUGGCUCGAUUCUCAAAUCUACGGGCCCUGCCCACCAGGGACACCCUGUAUGAAGUGUGCCCCCAAUACGUCAUGCAUCUCGACAUGUUACGGGGAAAGACAACUCGCCCUAAAGACAUAGAAGCCCUACUGAGCCUGGAGUCCGAAGUGGAAAGCAAUCAGAAGAGUCACCAACGCUACGUGACCGAGAAGGCCGCUCACGUGCACAACGCGCAACUCAUUUUGGAGCACUCCAAUGUUACUGCUUUCAAGGGUAAAAGCAGAGUUGGACUGCCCUGUUUCUACUGUAAAUACAUCUUUAACAACAUUGAAGAAUUACGCACACACCAAAAGGAACAUAAAAAGAGUGAUAUCAAGAAAUCUUUGCAUUCCCUCAGCCCUUACUGCCUGGUUAUAAAUGUAGACAUAACGGACUUGAAGUGUACCUUAUGUGACGCUAGCUUUAAUACAUUAAAAGACUUUAAAAGUCAUCUAGAAUCUAAACACAGCCAAAAGUUUCAUACAGAGUUCGAAGACAGAGUAAUACCCUUCAAAAUACCUGUGGAUAAUAUUAUUAAUAAUUAUAUUUGCCAAAUAUGUGGUCUAAAGUUUGAAACUUUCGGAUCAAUAGAGAGACAUAUGAACGGACAUUUUAGAAAUUAUAUUUGUGAUGGGUGCGGGACGGGGUUCGUAACUAGCUAUAGGUUAAAAAUGCAUAAGAAAACUAUGCAUGUUGAAGGUACUUUCCAAUGUGAAACUUGUAAAAAGGUGUUUUCGUCACACCAGAAGCUUAAAAGCCAUGUAGAUACAGUGCAUAAAAUGGUAAAGCGGUUUAAAUGUACAAAAUGUCCGGAGCGCUUCACAGAUUAUUUUAAAAGACAUCAACAUUUAGUUGAAAAACAUGGUGAAGCCGAAUUGGAAUAUAAAUGUAAUGUUUGUGAUAAAGUAUAUGCAAGGAGAUACAUGCUAUCUCGACAUAUGAAGCGAGACCAUUUGGAGGAGCGUUAUUUUCAAUGUGAGAUAUGUUCUAAUAAAUUUUUCGCGCGGCGAGAUUUGGAGUCGCAUAUGGUUAAGCAUAACGGGGCUAGGAUUUUUGAAUGUGCGGUGUGUAAAAAGGCAUAUGCGCGGAAGAAAACUUUGACGGAGCAUAUGCGGAUACAUAAUAAUGACAGGAGGUUUACUUGCGCGGUGUGUGGGCUGGCCUUUGUGCAGAAAUGUAGUUUGAAAGGGCAUAUGAAAACGCAUCAUCCUGAGUAG